CACAUCGUCUGAGAGAACAGCACGCUUUGUAAAUACCACAAUCAUCUCUUUUGCAAUAUGAGUACAACUCAGUUGGAACCACGGGUUCCUCGAUGGUACUUUGGUGGUUUGGCCAGUGGAAUGGCAGCCAGUGUCACACAUCCCUUGGAUCUCGUUAAAGUGCACAUGCAGACACCAGGUGCCAAAAACCCCACCUUCCUCCGCGUGGCAAUCCGUGUGGUCCAGUCGGACGGGUUGCUGGCACUGUACAAUGGGAUAUCGGCUUCCCUCCUCCGACAAGCCACCUACUCUUUGCCUCGAUUCGGGCUGUACGAAAUGUACAAGAAUGCUGUUGGCCCUAAUCGAAAAAUAACCUUUCACGAACAGCUCGCGGUGGCCGGUGGCUCCGGUUUCAUCGGCGGACUGUGUGGCCAACCAGCAGAUUUAGUAAAUGUUCGGAUGCAGAAUGAUAUGAAACGACCGCCAGCCGAAAGACGUAAUUACAAGCACUGUUUUGAUGGCCUUCUACAAGUCUAUCGACAUGGUGGAAUCGCCGAAUUGUACGCUGGUGUAUCAAUGAUGGCGGGUCGAUCGGCCCUCAUGACCGUGGGACAGGCAGUUGGCUACGAUCAGUGGAAAGCCUUUUUACUCUGGACGGGAUAUUUCCAAGACGAUCCGUCUACUCACAUGUUCGCGGGCGUCGGAGCUGCCGCCGCUGCAGUCUUGCUGACUCAACCGUUUGACGUGAUGAAAACUCGGAUGCAGAAUGCCCCCAAGGGCCACUAUAGUGGACUACUUGCUGUCGCCAAGGAUCUACUGACCGGACAGUCACAGCCAUCUGGAUCAACGCCAACCUCCCCCUUAUCACGAAUACUUGGGUUCACUGCUUUCUUCAAAGGAAUUACACCCGCUUUCAUCCGUAUUGGUCCCCACACAAUCCUACUUUUCGUGUUCAAAGAACAGCUUACCAAGUAUUUUGGAUUCAAAAAACCUGUCCAGUAGCAAUAUCUAGGAUAGAAAAGAUCCGUAACAGUAUUGACCUAUAUGUGAUUUUGCGUCCUAUGCACUUUAUGUAUCUUUUGUUUGAUUAUCAGAGAUAUGGGUUUUUAAAAAAAUGACGAAUGUGAUGGUGUUUAUUCUAAUCCAACGGCUUCGAAAGAUUCGUAACUGGCUAGGAACAGAUUAUUGUGAUUUUAGUAACUGAAAACAUUUUCAGUGGUAGCGUCACGUUUUCCUG